AUGGCGAUCGGGACAGGCGGGUCACCUGAUAUCUGUCAGACGAUGACGUCACAGCGAUCGUCCAGGGCGCUGGAAGAAACUCAACACUCUGCAGCACUACAAGUAGACACCCAUGUUGGAGGAGGGGAGGAAGGGCUGAGGCUGUGGCACCUGGUGAAGUCCAGCGAGGACCCAGAGAUCCCCAAACACAGGAAGAGCAGCAUGAGAGAGAGGGAGAGAGCCAAGGCAAUACCAGAGAUAUACCUGACACGACUACUAUCUAUGAAGGGGACGCUGCAGAAGUUUGUAGACGACGUGUUCGUAGCCAUCCUCAACACCAAGCGCCCUCCUCCCAUCGCUGUGCGUUUCUUCUUUGACUUCCUGGAUGACAUGGCGGAGAAACACGGCAUUGACGACCCCGAGACCGUACACAUCUGGAAAACUAACAGCUUGCCUCUGAGGUUCUGGGUCAACAUCCUGAAGAACCCUCAGUUUGUGUUUGAUGUCCAGGUGACCGAUAGCGUGGACGCUGUCCUCUCUGUCAUCGCGCAGACCUUCAUUGACUCUUGCACCACCUCCGAACACAAAGUUGGACGGGACUCUCCAGUGAAUAAACUACUGUACGCCAGAGAAAUCCCCAGAUACAAACAGCUUGUUGAGAGGUAUUAUAGUGACAUCCACAGUGCAGCGUCUGGCUGUUACCAAGAGAUGAACUCUACUCUAACAGAGCUGUCUGGGAGUUUUGGAUCAGACAUGAACAGUCUGGUGGCUCUGCUUGAGUUGUAUAAAUACAUCAACAAAUACUACGACCAGAUCAUCACAUCUCUGGAGGAGGAUGGAGCUGGACAGAAGAUGCAGCUGGCCUAUCGUCUACAGCAGGUCGCCGCCCUGGUGGAGAACAAGGUCACUGACCUUUAACCCCUGAUCUCUGACUCCUGGCCUAUCGUCUACAGCAGGUCGCCGCCCUGGUGGAGAACAAGGUCACUGACCUUUAACCCCUGAUCUCUGACCUGGUGGAGAACCACAGACGGACAGAGCUGCGUUUAGUACCACAGAACGUUACAGCAGAGAACGCGAAACACUCAGAUCCACUUCCUCUCAUGGGGUUCUUUUUUUUUCUCCCCGGGGCGGACCCACUCUCGUCUGCAUAUUGCUCCCGCCCGCGGAGGGGCUGCCUCAGAGCGAAACAUCUCACGGGAAAAAUAAAUUCUGUUAAGGGGCGGAGUUGUUUCUGCGCCAGAUAUUAUGGAGGAACUGAACUCAACGCGGGGAAAAGCACACUUACACAGACCAUUUAAAUAAACUAUCUUCCUCAUCCACCGUAUAUGCUUUAUGUUGUGUGUGCGUGUGCGUGUGCGUGUGCGCGUGUGUGUGUGUACAUGGUUCUGAUGUUGCUUCCAGAGGCAGUUUGGAACUCGGUAGUGAGCGUUGCAACCGAGGACAGAUGAUUUUUACACGUUUCAGCACUCGGCUGUCCCGUUCUGUGAGCUUGUUGUGGCCUACCACUUUGUGGCUGUGCCGUUGUUGCUCCUAGACAUUUCCAUUUCACAAUAACAGCACUUACAGUUGACCCGGGCAACUCUAGCAGGGCAGAAAUGUGAUGAACUGACUUGUUGGAAAGGUGGCAUCCUAUGAUGGUGCCACGUUGAAAGUCACUGAGCUUUUCAGUAGGGUCCAUUCUACUGCCAAUGUUUGUCUAUGGAGAUUGCAUGGUUGUGUGCUUAAUGUUAUCCACCUAUCAGCAACGGGUGUUUCUGAAAUAUAAUCCCCUAAUUUGAAGGGGUGUCCACAUACUGCUGUCAUGGGUGUAGAUGUAUGUUCCAGGGCGUCUGUAUUGCAGUCAUGCUGCACAGAUGAUAACAUCUGACACGGCCUAUAUUAACCCCCUGAGCUGUACAGGUCGACUGCAACGUGGACGUCCUGUAACGAGCCCACAGUCUAGUCUUAAUGACAGUCUAUAACCACCGUUUGGGGGCCUCCGCCCAGCAGCUCUCCAGCCUGUCAGACUCUCUCAGUACUCUACCUACAGAUGGACGGUUUUUAGCAAAACCUUUCUUUAUUAACAGUAGUUUUGUGAACAUCUAUAUCCUUGAAUACCAGGAAAUACAAGCUCAAUGUCUGGUGGUGUUGUAAAAUGUUUUAUUCCCACCCUCUCCCCCCUAAUGUCUUGUUGUUUUGAAAUCCAUUUUCCAAUUACACACUGAAGAUUUUAAAGCAA